CCUCAGUUAGUGUUCAUGAAACCUUGCCACCACAUCUUCGGUAGACUUUGUCAAUUUCUCUUCAAAUAUUACUAUUGGCAUCGUGGUGCAUACAUCACCCAGAGAAUUAUCAUGAGAGGCAUUCAACAAGGAAUAGGUUCUGCUCUGCUUUUUCUGGCAAUAUCUGUGAAUUUUCAAAUUCUACCAUCAACGCGGGCAUUCCCAAUAGAUUGCCAAGAGAACACUGCCGUCUGUUUAGAAGAAAUGAUGAAGGAAGUCACCCAAGUUCGAUUUGAGGUUAAAAUUCUCACGGAGAACAAAACAUCGGCGAGACCUAAGAACUGUGUUGAGCUCUACCAUUCCGGUCAAAGGAUGAGCGGUGUUUACACAAUCGACCCAGAUGGCUCAGGUGCCUUUAAUGUCUAUUGUGACCAAACUACUUCCGGUGGGGGAUGGACAGUCUUCCAGAAGAGAAUGAAUGGCUUCGUUGAUUUUAAUCGCACCUGGAAUGACUACAAACAUGGCUUCGGUAACUUGGUCGGUGAAUUUUGGCUCGGACUGGACAAGAUAAACCGUCUAACACAAAACAAGACAAAGAACAUGCUUCGAGUAGAUCUGGGGGUAACUAUCUGCCAAACUGUUCACGCUGAGUAUGAAUGGUUUGGGUUUGGGAUCGGGACGGCUCACUACCGGCUAUACAUUGGCAAUAUGACAACAGAUUCAACUGUUUCCUCUGAUUCUCUCAAUCCUCACAAAGAUCUCAUUUUUGGUACCUGGGAUAGAGAUGCUGCUAAUUGUACUCCAAAAAGAGGCGGAGGCUGGUGGUAUGGCAGCAGUAGUGAUUGUGCUGUUUCGUCGAAUCUCAACGGAAUUUACCCGCAUUGUCGAAAGAAGACCUGGGCCAAUAUCCAUUGGGAUAAAUUAGAUCAAAACAGUCCCGAAAGCAGCGCCCCCACAUCAACUGAAAUGAAAAUUAGACCAGUGGAUUUUUUUUAAAACUUUCUGACGGUAAAGUGUUCAUGUAAUUAGUGAUUUCUCCCUCCUCUGAUCGGUUGACUUCGCUUUUAUUGCAAUUGUGAUUGGCACAUUAAUGAUCGAGUGGCCUUUGCAUGCAUGGUGAUGUUGAUCCUCUUUUACGCUCUAUUCAUUGUUGAUUUGAAAACGCUAUAAUUUAAAAAAAAAAUAGUUUGUUUGCUGUCGAAAUUAAACCAAAAUAUCUGUGAAUUCAGUUUUCUAAUAUCUGUCAAAGAAAU